CUAGCAUUUCCCACCGCUGUGAAAAUCGAGCAUGGUAAAACUGCAACUGGGAGCAUGUAACUAGAUCCAUAUAAAUACUCAACUGUUACUUUAUCUGUCAACAUCAGACAUCAAACAAUGAAUUCUGCACAAGAUUCACUCUCGCUCCUUAUUGGCACAGUUCUGGGAACUGAGCAGCCCAGCCUGGUGGAUUCUGGGGAACAUGUGAUGCCCCAGAGACUCGCCACACCAGAUCAGAGGUAGGUGCUAGAGCCAGAGUGUGGGACAUUGAUCACCAAAGCCUCAGGGCUGGGAUGUCUCCUGCUGGCUCUUCCCCUUCCAGGAAAUAGCCUGAGUCAGCUCCACAGAGGAGAACAGCCCAUUGUUGCUGGAGGCAGGUAGAGCCUGAGCGCAGGAAAUCGAAACUGAUCCUCUUCCCCAGCCCAGAGGGAGCCAUGGCCGCAGUGAGCACUGUGGAAAGUCUCAGAAUCAAAGUGACUUGUCCUGUUUGCCUGGAGUAUUUCACGGAUCCGGUGGUCACAGCCUGUGGGCACAAUUUCUGUCGCGCCUGCCUCAGCCAGUGCUGGGAGGGACCCGGCCCAACUAACCACUGCCCACAGUGCAGGGACCCUGUGCAGCAAGGACCUCUCCCGCCCAACAGGCAGCUGGCGAACGUGGUGGAACUAGUCAAACAGCUCAGUUUGCAGAAACAGACACAAGUCGAGAGGCAGAAGAUUGUGGCCGAGUUUCAGCAGUUGCCGCAGUUCCUGGGGAAACAAAAGCGACUCCUGCUGGCCCAGCUGGAGAAGCUGGACGAGGAGACUGGGAGGCUCCAGACUGACACUGAACUGGAAGAACAAGUCAGGUGUUUCUCCCAGAAAACCACUGUGCUGUCAGAGACUCUGAGGGAGUUCACAGACAAGCUGCCCCCUGUCCUGGAAGGAGGAGGAGGGAACUUCCUGGGAGCUUUCAGACAGGCAAUGGUGACUCUGGAUCCAGACACGGCAAAUCCUGACCUCGUCCUGUCUGAGGAUUGGAAAAGUGUGAAAUGGGAACGUACAUGUCAGCCACUGCUCGACAACCCGGAGAGAUUUGACUCUGUGUACUGUGUGCUAGGUUGUGCUUGGGGAGAGAUUGCUGGGAGGUGGAGUCUGGGGAUAGGAAAGAUUGGGCUGUGGGGGUGGCCAGAGAGUCUGUGAGCAGGAAGGGACGGAUCAGUCGUAGCCCUGAGGAGGGGAUCUGGGCUGUACAGUGGUGGGGGGGUUUCUUCCAGGCUCUCACUGACCCUGAGGUGACCCCACUGCAACUGAGCACUCCCCACAGGAUCCGGGUUUGUCUGGACUGUGACCGGGGGCAGGUGACUUUUAUCGAUGCUGAUGCUGAGGCCCCAAUCUUCACUUUCCCGCCGGGCUCCCUCCCUGAGGAGAGAAUCCGACCGUGGUUCUGGGUGGGGUUUAAAUCCCAGCUCUGACUGUCCCUGAGAUCAGCCUCUCUAGGCCUCACGCCGCCCAGUCUCUAGAACCUUGGAGUCCCAUCUGCCUAGCCCCUGCUCCUCAUCUCUAUGACGUAUGGAAGCUGCUCCCCUCCAUCCCUGCAAGAGAAGACCCCCUCGGGCUCCAGGAGGAGCAGAGGAGCAAAGGUGGGGGCUGGGCAGGGGCAGAACUAACAGCCGGGCAGGGGACAGGCAGAGGUUGUAACAAGAUGAUUUUUCGGUAGCCGUACUGGAAAGCCUGUAGCUAUUUGGUAGGCCUAGACUACCGCCUUCUUCUGCAGCCAGACUGAAGAGCAGCAGCCAUUAGUUGUAAAGCCAGGAGCCACAUGCUCACAUUCUGUCUAAAUUGCAUGAGUGUCACACUAGGCUCUGAGAAGGGGAUUCUAUCUUAAUAGCACGCACUGUCACCAGAUAAGAAACAGAGCUCAAGAUGGGCAGGGAAAACUUACUUAACUGUAUUUUGUCUGGCAAAACACUGCUUAUCAAUAG